UUUGGCGAUCUGUCCGUGGCGGUGACGUCGCGUCGCGCUCCGAGGAGUCCGAGGCCUCGCGAGACGUUGUCAUGGCCGGUAGCUACAAGAAUUAUAUGAAACUGCUGGAAUCGUGGCCGUUGGACAAGAGCAAGGCUGGCAGGGACCUGGGGCAACACAUUCGCGACCAGGUGAAGAUCGCGUUUGCGAAGGGCGACGCUGCCAGGCAACCGAACCCGGAACAGUGCGAUCGAUAUUAUUCAAGCCUAAAGAGGAUCUCGUCAAAUUAUUAUGGGCAGCUUUAUCAGCGCUCCCUGCUGAGCACCGCGAGCGGAUUGACCAGGGAGCAGUGUAAUUUGGCACUGACUCCGGAAAUGCUCGAGUAUCUGAAGGAGGAGGACAAGGGAGUAUUUCGCAGAUUAUAUUGGACGAUAAAGACCCUCGGCAAAAAAUGAGGCCUAGGCUCGUGUGUUUCGCGCAUAAGUUUGGCAAGGAUAGAUGCUCUGUCGACAGGGCGCGUGUAUUUCUAGCGAAGACCAAUGUAUUUCCGUAUUUAGUAAACGCUAGGCAGUGUAGUUUUAAGCAUGACGGCCUCCCCGACAGGAGUCUUCACGUGCCUGUUAUGGCACAGGAAGUGCUGACGUCCAUGGCCUUGUCGCCGGGCAAGACGUACGUGGACAUGACAUUCGGCGCGGGUGGACACGCCGCCAGAUUGUUGGAGCACUCGCCCGAUAUAAAGUUAUUCGCGCUGGACAGGGAUCCUUCGGCGUACGAAUGCGCGAAAGACCUGGCACAGAGAUACCCGGGACAAGUGGUGCCUCUGUUAGGUAAAUUCUCCGAGUUGCCGCGGCUGCUCAAAGAACACGACGUCAGGGAAGGUAGUAUAGACGGCUUUUUGUUCGAUUUCGGAUGCUCGUCGAUGCAAUUCGACGUAGCUGGUAGAGGGUUCUCUUUAGCGAAGGACGGGCCGCUGGACAUGAGGAUGGACGGGUCUCGGUGUCCGGAACAGAUUACCGCCGCGGACGUGCUGGAGCGGGCCACGGAGCAGGAUCUGGCGCGUAUCAUAAAGGUUUACGGGCAGGAGAAGCGCGCUAAGAGAAUCGCGCGCGCCAUCAUUGACGUUAGAUACAUGUGUAGAAAAUUGGAGACGACGCGGGAACUGGCCCAGCUGGUCGAGUCCACCCUGGACGGCGAGAUCAGGCGGGACAGCCUCGGUAGAUUCGCGCACAGCGCCACGAAAACGUUUCAGGCGCUUAGGAUCUUCGUGAACAAUGAGCUCAACGAAAUCAAUUACGGUAUACUUGUCGCGCAAGUCUAUUUGAAACUGUUUGGCCGUUUACUAACGAUCUCUUUUCACUCGCUCGAGGAUACUGUAGUCAAGAGACAUAUUUCGGGAAACAUAACUGAUAAUCUGGCGAAUACCGUGGCGUUGAAAUACGCGCAUCACGGUAAGAUGUUCGAUAAAGGCGAGGUCGAAAAGUUGACAGAGUCACCGUGGAAAAUGAUGCACACACACGUCCUGACGCCCACGCCCGAGGAAAUUCAGACAAAUCCGAGAUCGCGAUCGGCGAAAUUGCGCGUUGUCACGAAAGUGAAGUAAACGUCUUUUAUGAACAAUGUAUUAAAGCUCGUAAUAGUUGACGCUUUCUUAUGACUGUACAAACUUGUUGCGACGACACACCUGGAAAAUGUACACGACACGUUUGUUUUAACAGGACGUACUGCCGUCAUGCUGUACAUAAUAAAGAAUGUGAGCCGAGAA